CAAGAAGAAUUGAUUCGCCUCCUUGACAACUUGGAAAAGGAAGUAAAACAGACAAAUAUCGACCUUGACGCAUUAAGAAAUGUUAAUGAGGAAAAUUUUUGCUACAGAAUUGAAAACGAUAAAGUGCGCAUUUUGAAAGCAAAGGAAAUAAUUCCCACCUUGGAAAAAGAAAAACUGAAAAAAGAUAAAGAACUCGACUCUUUGAGAAAGAGAAUUGUUGAACAAAAUGAAGAAAUGAGCAGUGAUAUGAAAUAAAGCCCUCUUAAAAAGCACUACUUAUGUGCACAAAGAAGUAAAGGAUAAUAUAAUACAAAUAUGUUAUACAAUUUGAAGAACAAUUUCGUCAAAAGUGUUGUGUUGACAUUUGGCACCGAAAGUGAACAAGACUGCUAUCAAAAUUGUCAUUUUCAGUAGGAGAUAGUAAAAACCUAUAAAAGAAAAAACCACCAAUCUGAAUGUACCAGUUAAAAAAUUAGAUAAAGUUGUUAAGAGACAUGUUAUAUGUGUAGAAUCCAUAUUCAAUACAAUUUGCCAUAGCUAUUGUUUAUUAAUGUGAAAACUAUGUUGUCAUAUCCAUCACAAUGUUAUUCUGAACUAAGCAACUGUAAUUCAUAACUUACUUAAUAUGUAGUAUUAUCUAAAUUCAGUAUGUCAAAUAAAAGUCAUUUAUUGGAUUUCUC